AAGCGGCAACUCUGCAUGACAGCGCUAAUCCUAGUCUAAAGCUAAUUGAAGAAUUACUUAUUGCCCCCCGUGCUGUGCGUCAACGGGAACGAAUCAAGCUAAAAUAUGAGCGAGAAUAAGCAGCCACUGGAUUUGAGCCUAACUGCACAUGGCCAGAAGCAGGCAGCCAAGCAAACAAUGGAUGAGACCAUCGAUGGUGCUGGUGCUGCUGCUGCCUGUCAGCAAUAUUAUGAUCGACUGGGUGCCAAGCCAAAGCGUCGCACUUUUCCACUAACAACAACUGGAGAGAAACCCAAUUUCAGUUUCUAUCGCUCUGCCAAAGCGCAGCACCGGCCGCUGAACCACUGGCCAAACAAUUGGACAAGUAGCUGGCAGAACCGCAGAAGCUUGCCAACUAUUGUUGAGAGCGAGGCUGAUAUGACGGAGAAUUUGCUCAAAGACUGUGCCGCCUACUUUGAGAACUUGAAGCUCAGCGAGCAGCAGCAGCAGACCAAGUUGGAUGCCAAGCCGCUGCGCACCAGAGAUGAGAACAUGCCAGCUGCAUAUGAGAAGAAAGCCAGACUGCGUCCGAAGGAAAAAACCGAUUAAAGUACUUACCCUGCUGGAAUAAGCUGGAAGCUGAAAGAAAUAUAAAAAGCAAACAAUUAAUAAAAACG